AUGUUCGAGAAUACUCUGCUGAUAAUCAAAGCAGAUUAUAUGCACAAACGUAAAAUUUUGCUGAAAUAUUUGUUGAGGCGUGGUUUUCAGAUGCAAGGUCAGCGCCAUUUGUCAUUUACCGUGGAAGAGGCUGCAGAAUUCUACGCUGACUUAGUGGAUACUCCUUAUUUUAUGAUGCAAGUAAUGUUAUUGUCCAAAGGAAACUCUGAGGCAUACAUAAUGGCCAAGAAGAAUGCAGUAGAAGAUAUGUUGAACAUAUUGGUUUGCUAUUUCGGGUCUUCCAUAGAAAUGGAUCGCUAUAUUCAUAUAACAACUUGUUCUCGUAAAACCCAAAGGGAAAUAAGUUACAUUUUUCCCAAUUAUAUUCAUGAAUCCAUUUUUCCUUUAGAGCAAAUAAAAUUUUGCACUAAAGCGCAUGUAAUUGGGCCUAUGAUUCAUGAAUUGUAUGAUAUUGUAACUCAAAAAGAUGAUAAAGAUGCUAAUAAGACUUGGAAAAUGAAACUUGCAGAGGCAUUGGAAUCAAGUCAUGCUGGCUUGCCACAAAUUUCAAAUGUUUGCAAUUACAGUCCGUCACUGAAUAUGUUGGGAAAAGCCGUUCAAACUAAAGCAACAAGCUUUAAGCCAAUCAGACUGCAUCCCGGGGCAGGCACCGGUAGUACAGCCACAUUAAAGAGUCAUGUAAUUUCAUAUACAACGCAAGCCACUACUUUCGAUUCGAGCAGUUCUUCGUGUAUCUCUUGUACCAGCUUCGAAAGUAUUGAGACUUGCAUGCGACAGAGUUAUCGCAAAGCGCCAUUAGUUGAUCUAGUCAAAGCGAAAACAGCUCCUUUAGAAAUCUGUGGAUCGGAAAGGGAAUUACAAAAAAUUGAGAUGGGAGAGGAGAAGCGGAUUGAAAUGGAGAUGUUAGAAGAAGCCGAGAUGAAAUCAAUUGGCGAAGAGGAAUCUACGCAUGAGCAAGACGUUUUUAGUAUAGAAAUAUCUUCUGCUUCUAGUAUGGAGAUAUCUUCUGGAGAAGGGGCUGCCGUCGAAGAUUCUGUUGGCAAAGAGCUCGUAGCCGGGGAAAGUAUUGUUGCAGAAUCUACUGCCUCAGCGGCUACUAUCGAAGAUACAAAUGGCAUAGAAGCACGUGCCGAGAAGUCUGCUGCCGCCCUAGCCGUUAUCGGAAAAGAUGAUACCGAAGGAAUGGAACCAGCAGCCGAUAACCCUAUUGUUGAACAGCCUGUUACCAAAGGCCUUAUUACGGAGGAACCUGUUGCCGAAAAACAAGUUGUCGCAGUGCCUUCUGCUGUCCUGUCUGAACCUGUCACUACAGACGGAGACCACGCCUUCAACGAGGAAAACCAAAUACCGCAAGAGGUAACUGAACAAGAACUCGCCGAAUAA